AUGGCCGAGCCGUCUUAUGCGUACGGCCAUGUGGCGCAUUUGCCGCCGCAGCCCGUGCACCAGUACACGUCGUAUCACCAGUACACGUCGUAUCAUGUGGACGUCGAUCACGCGCCCCUUUUGGCGCCGCACGACGCGCAGUGGUCAUACCAAGAGCAGGCCCGUGAGCUGCAGCGUCGUGAUGAAGAGCUUCGCCACCAGGAGUGGCUGCUCGAAGAGAGCCGACGGUAUUAUGCCCCGCCAGCUCAGUACGCGCCGCUGCCGGCGCCGUACUACCCUCAUUGGGAAUCACGAGCCCGUGCCGAGGCGAUGCGUUUGGAAGAAGCGCGCUGCCGGGAAGAAGCGGCCCGUCUUGAAGAAGCGUUCUACCGGGAGGAAGUGCUGCGUCGCGAAGAAGCGCUCCGUUUGGAGGAAGCGCGUCGUCAAGAGGCGGCGUUGUAUGCGCUCUCGGUUGAAGCCACCAUUAAUCGCGAGCUGGCUCGCCGACUCGCCGCCAGUGCUGCGAAUGGUGACGAUACCGAUUCACGUCUCGCCAAGGCGGCCGUGGACUCUUUCCGCGGCUCGCUGCCCGCCAAGUCGCUUCCACCAAGCGUAAGCCAUGGGGUCGCGUCAACGCCCUUGCCCUACCCGGCCACGUCUCUCGAUGCGAUGCGUGCUUGUCCUCAUGGGGGCAGUGGGUCGGUUACGCCUGGCCUGUCUGCGUCAAGCCCGAUCAGCUCUGGUGUGGCACUUGGGGUACGCGCAUCCACCGGCAACUUCGGACCAUGCGUCGAGUCCGCCGUCGCGCCCUCGAUUGCUGCGGUGUCGCUGGCGCCACCGGUCGCCUUCACAAAUGGCCGGGUGCCCAUGGUCCAACCUUUCGGAUCCGUGCCCGCCGUUUUGCCCUCGGCUGCUGCCGCGGAGCCGGCGACGCCUGUCGACUUUACGACUGGUCGGGUGCCUUCGGGCCGACUGCUUGGACCCUUCGACGACAUCGGCACCUGUGCUGUGCCUGUCGUCUUGCCCACGGCUGCUGCCGCGGCGCCGGUGCCACCGGUCAAUGCCUCGACCGGGUCGACCUUUGUCGACACGGCGCAUCUGGUCCGUUUAAGUGGACCCUUUGACGACGUCGGUGCUCGCGCCGUGUCUGUCACCCUGCCCGCGGCAGCUGCUGCGGUGUCGGCGCUUCCCGUCGCUGCUUCGAUUGGGCGGGCGCCUUUGGUCCAAACUUUCGGACCUGACGACGUCGGUGCUCUUGUCGUGCCCGCCGUCUUGCCCUCGGCUGUUGCCGUGGUGCCUGCGUUGCCCGUCAAACCAUCGACGGGGUGGACGCCUUUGGUCCAUUCGACUGGACCUGGCGACAAGGUCGGCCCUCGUGCCGCUCUCGUCGUCACGCCCGCGGCUGCCACCGCGGUGCUUGCGCCUUCGGUUGCUGCGACGCCCGUGUCGUCGUACGCUGACCCGGCGCAUGUGGUCCAUCUGGUCGGACCUGAUGCCAACGUCGGCGCUCGUGUCGCAUUGGCCGACAUGAACGCGGCUGUGGCCGCCAGACCAGCACCUUGGGCAACUGCGACGCCCGCGUCGCCGUGCGUCGACGAGAUGCCUCCGGCUCAAGUGCCCGGACCCACCGAUGGCGCCGACGUAUCCGUGGCUUCGUACACGGUGCAUGACGCGACGCCGGCGCCGCUGGUCGUUGCGCCGUCCUUGUCGUCAAGUGGCGACGUGGCGCCUCUGCUCCGCUCGUGUGCGCCUCCUGCCGCGGACGAUGCUCAAGCACCCGCCGCGCACCACGCUUCUAUGCAUGCUUGCGUGCAUGGGGGCAGUGGGCCUACGCCUUGUGGGUCGGCUUCGUAUUAUCGGUCUGCUGCAAGCAUGGAUAGCUCUGCAGUGGUGCAGGGUUGUCCCACGUCCACCAAGGUGGUGCUACCAAAUGCGUGGACCGUCUCGCCCGCCGUCGACGAUCAACUUGUGCACGACGCCGAUCUGUAUCACGGUGCCUCUGCAACAACGCCCCGGCGGGCGGAUCCAACAAGUGCGGACGACGUGCCAAUGCCCGGUUGCCCCGGGCCAGGUACAACGACGAGUGCUCUUGAGGCGUCGGUCACCAAGUGCCCUUUGGUCGCUCCGGUACCGUCGAGCAUGCCCGUUGCUCAAGUCGUCGCCAGUAACGUGGUUGCGCCUACGGUGCUCCGCGCAGGCUCGUAUGUGGCCAAGCGUGAUGCCACGGUGGUGUCGCCCAAACCACCGGACCCCGAGCCUUUCGCUCGAGCUCCUCCACUGCCGUGGCCAUCGUCACGGCCUACCGCUGUCUCGGCCGGCAGGAGUGCUGCCUCACGGUCAGCCGUCGGCGACGUCGGCUCUACUGGCCGUCCGCCCGACGUGAUCUCGUGCGGCGCCAAGCCAGCCGCCAUUCUAUCCACGAACCCGUGA